UCUCGUCUUCGUUCUUCCUAUGAGAUCUCUUCGCAUACUUCCAGUCCCGCUGUUAGCUCUGCUCUUUGCGCUUCCUGUCCUUUCAGAAUCUACCACCCCGAAUGACCCGUUCCGUCACGUCUUAGUCCAAGCCGAGAAAGGAACAGAGUCUCCAGUAUGCUGUCUCCGACCUCUGACCCCACUCGAGGAUACAGAAGAAGAGGUCGUACUCUCGUUUGAGGAGUGGAAGGCAAAACGGGUCACCGGCUUAGCCAAGGAUCGGCCGGCAGUACUCGCACCUCAAAGCUCUAAGUCCGUUUCCUCGCCUGGGGUAGCUGACGCCAUACCCGAGACACCACCCGCCGUGGACCAAGCAGGCGCAGGCGUUGGACCGAGUGCAGUCCCGCUCGACCAGGCCGAAGUCCCUGUGCCAGACGCGCCGUACUUCAAGAUCCCCACGACCGACCGCUUCAAUUAUGCAUCGUCGGACUGUUCUGCACGUGUGCACGCUGCUCAAAAUUCGGCCAAGUCAGCGUCCUCCAUCCUAUCGUCGAAGAAGGACCGGUACAUGCUAAGCCCAUGCACGGAGAAGAAUCAGUUCGUUGUCGUCGAACUCUGUGACGACAUCCGCAUCGACACUGUUCAGCUCGCGAACUAUGAGUUUUUCAGUGGAGUAUUUAAGGACUUCUCGGUAUAUGUCGCCAAGACGUACGACGCAGAAGCGUGGACGUUUGCCGGGACGUACAGAGCAAAGAAUAUCCGUGGUGUGCAGACAUUUCACCCACCAACAACUCUUUCGGACUUCUAUCGAUUCAUUCGUCUCGAAUUUCACUCGCACUACGGAAACGAAUACUACUGUCCAUUGUCCCUUCUCCGAGUUUACGGUUUGACGCACCUUGAACACUGGAAGUGGGAACAAUGGGAAGCUGAAAGUAGGACUCGUCGUGCGUUGGAGAUUGUGCCUGUCACGCAGCCGGAGAUCGUUGUUGACUCUGUGCCCACCUUGUCUGUGUCAUGGACCGACUUGCCAGAGCCGCCAAAGCACUACGACGCCAUCAUUCCCAAUGAGGUCACCUCUACCUCAGAAGAAGAGUCUGCAACUUCUAUGUCUGUUCAAUCUGCCAGUGAAUAUGUCGCGCGCGAACCGACACCCGAAACUGUCAUUACUUCGUCUCAAAUGGCCUCAGCUCAUGUUAUACCUGCUGGACACGUCGUCAGUGGCCCCGACACCUUUGCCCCACCAUCUACUCAAAAUGCGGCUCCAUCCGACAUUGUCUCGGAGGCGAUCCCGGAUGCCAAUAACGACGAUUCACGACAUCUUAAUACGGACGCAUCACUGUACACUACCAUCACAUCCUCGGAGGCUCGUCUCCCGAGUUCUGUAUCAUUAUUGGACUCAGCAUCUGCGCUCUCGCAUUCCUUAUCGUCCCUAUCCUCACAUCUCUUGCAAUCAGGGUCUUCUCAGUCUCUUUCAUCAGUUUCUACUACUAAUCAGUCCGCGCAAGCUGUACGUUCAUCUACUACAUCGACUACGCUCUCCACAGGCGUUCAAUCCGUCACGAUUGUUCCUCAUGCUCCUGCACCGGCUCCCGCUACCGGCGGCGAGUCCAUCUACCGCACCAUCAUGAAUCGCCUAAUCGCCCUCGAAAGUAAUAGUUCGUUGUACGCCAGAUUUGUCGAGGACCACGCAGCCAGCGUACGUGAGAUGCUCAGGCGGCUCAGUGAGGACGUCGGACGUCUCGAAGGCAUUGGCAAGGCGCAGGCACAGAUGUACGAACGCUCUGUCCAUCAGUUUGAAAGGCAGCAGCGAAGACUAGAAGCCGAGCACAACGAGUUGCUGUCUCGGGUUAGUCGUCUAACGGAAGAGGUUAUUCUCGAGAAGCGGCUGGGUAUUGCCCAAUUAUGCCUAUUGCUUGCGGUCCUCGUGUUCAUGGCAUUCACCCGGGGUUCAAGGAGCGAGCCGCUGCCUGGGCCCGCAGGUGCCGCCGGACGUGUGCAUUCCCGGACGCCGUCUGUCGUCGGCUGGGGGCAGCGCACGCUGAACAUCGGCGGAGACUGGGUCAACAAGCUGAGGCACAGGAGCCUGAGCCCCUCAUCCUCUAUUGCCCAAACUGAGAUUCCCGCUAAGCUGAGCCUUGACAUGAACGAUCUGACCGUCGGUAUCGAUUUCCCAUCUCAGGGCGUGCAGGCCGGCGACACAUUCCCGCGGAGCAAGCGUGCACACCCUAUCACAGGCGGUCACCGUAGAGUCGGGUCGACAGGCCGUUCACGAACGCCGCAGUCCGCACGCGCAUUCCGGCACAGCAGCCCGUCGCACCCCGCGACACCAAUGACGACGAGCUCUGUCGCAGCUAUUCCACGCAUUGACCCGCGCCCGCAGAUACAGCGCGUGCACUCGAGCGCAAUGUCGCAAAGCUUCAGUAUGGGCGUGAUUGGACCUGUCCCAAAAUCGGCGCGCCGCUGGGCACGCACGGCGCACCUGCACGAGGUCAAGAGCAGCGUGCCGCUGGGCACGAGCGGGAGCGAGGGCGGACGAUCGAGGCAGCCGUCAGUGUCGGGGGACGGGGACGAGGGCGUGCGACCAGGGCCGGUGCAUAGUCAAUCUGAAGCUACGUUUGGUUCAAGCGCAAGGCCGCCAAUGUCUCAAGCCGCGCAAUCCGCAUUCGAGCUCGAGAGGCCAACUGGUGGUACAGGAUUGGGCCUGGCUGAGUUGGACGAAGGCGAUGGAUGGGUAGAUACGGACGCCGAGUCGGAUGCUGAGCAUAUAAGGAGCUAGUGCUAGGUUGAGGUUGAUCUAGCUCGUUCUGUGAUCUUUGGCUAUCGUGUCGGACGUCUGCGAUUUCCAAUAGACCAGUACAGCCAGUUGCAAAACG